AUGAGGCUUCAGGAAAACCUGGUUUGGCUAAAAGACGCGAGUAAUGCCAAGAAAGGCAUCAUAACUGAGACGGACGUUUCACUUGCAAACAAGCUUGCGGCCCUGUCGAAUCUCAAGCGGUGCCCGGAAAACGCAUCGAGUGUGGAAAUAGCGCAAUACAUGUUGCGUAACUUCAGCAUACUGAAACAAAUGUUGCCUCUCAUGAGCCAAUGCACGGCGGAGUUCAAACACACGUAUGCCAUGGGCAACGAAUUCGUGCGGUACGUUGUUGCAAUGACCGUGAAACAUCAGCACCUGCUCACGAAGGAAAUAAUAACAGAGGCUCUCGAUUUCCUCGUUGCCUUGGAAUCAUCUGAUGUUCGUGAUGUGCUCUUCACGCUUAUAAAUGCCUUGCAUCAAUUGCCUGAUACGGAGACAUUGUGCCUGCAACACUGCAACAACCUGCUGCUGCUUCUACAAAAUACAGGAGGUCGUAUUGACACCAAAGAAGUAUACGAUUUAGUAACCAGCGUGGUCUACAAGGUUAUAAUUGCAGGCAUAGACAUUGAUGCCUUGGGUGCGGCGUUGUCGGUGUUGCAUAUAAUGCGUCAACAUCACCCUGAAGACAAGCAGCUGGACGAGCUUACCACGGUAUACAUUGGUGAGGUCAAGCACAAUAUGUACGCGCUGGAACCUGCUGCGCUGCUCAACGUGCUACAGUUCAUGUACAGGUCGGCAUACGUGGACGAUGCCCUCUACACAUCCUCUAUGGAGGCGCUACUCUACAAUAUCGACCUGAUGACGUUCGAAGAAAAAAGCACGCUCUUGUUGCUGUUGCCGUUUUUGAAACACAUGUGCCUCCUCCUGACCCCAAACAUCGCAACGAACGUAUACAGCGAGGAAUGCCAAAUGCUCAACGCCGCCCUUAGAAAGGAAUUCGAAAACAAAAUCGAGUACAUGCCAUUCGAAGAAAUGAUCACAUUCUGCCUGGCCAUCUCGCUUAUGUUCAAGCAGAGUGGGGUGGUUAGGAAACUGCUGUUGCGAAACAUCCAAAGACCCAUGGUGGAGGCUGUCGAUGGGGAAACGUUCCUGAAACUGCUGGCAUGCUGCAACACGCUGCACAUCAACAGUUCAUACGUAGAUGUUUCGCGGUUACUUUCCAAGAUGGCACGGGGCAAAUUGGCCGGUGGCACGGGUCCAGAACUGCUACAAGCGUUCAAGAGCCUGGCGCAGAUAGCAGCAAAGAGGCAUAGGAAAUAUCUCAUUCCACUUGUGCAGGACGCUCUGGAAAAGAACAAAACUGAUGUGGCGGCUAUAAUUGAUUGUUUACAUCUGUACGCGACGCUCAACAUGCAACGCAUCAACGCCAAUGUAUUAGACUCUGGGUUUGCCCUCCUCUUUCCGCACAUAAAUCCGCAAAAUCAGAUCCCAACAAGUCAGAUGCAAUGCAGUAGUGUGGAAGGAGCCGCUGAUAAAGUGUCAGGGGAAGGUUUGGCGCACGUUUCAACCGGGGGAUGGGAAGGGGUUAGGGCCACGGGUGAGGCUGCAACCAGUGAUGCGUCUACGGUCCCAUUCGCAGUUUCCGCACCAAUCGGUCAUACAGACACUACGGAUACGGAUCAUAAAAUUGCAAUCAAAAGGGAGACCGACGUACUAUACAUAGCCAAGUCAAACAGCGUGGCCAAAGACAUCCCCCUCCGCGGCCUGAUCAAACUUCUGGAGUGCCUAACAAAAGUUGAACUGGAUAUGUCCUAUGUUCAGCCAAUAUCCAGUCUUCUACAGACUUCCAUAUUGCAAAAGGUGAAAUAUAGCAGCAAUGUCAGCAUGGUGGACCUCGCCGCAGUAUUGAAGCAGUUGACGGAGUCGCGUAUAGUAUGCGCAGAGUUAGCAGAUGCGAUACUCGACCGUGUAUACCACUGCCCUGAUCAAUUGGAGGACACGGACUCUGCCGCCACGAUACUGCAGUUUAUAGAAUUCACGGGCCACGGGGGCUAUGCAACAAAGCUGUCACAACCGCUGUUCGAGUUUUGCCUGAGGAAACCCACAGCGACCCUCAUGGAAGUGCUAGAAUACGAGAAAUGCAAACGUCCCCAGUUCUACGCAGCUUAUAUGGAAAUGAUGCAGCCUGCAUCUUACGACGUGCCAGACAGGCUAGGGAGCGUCGCUGAACACACCCCUAUCAUAGGUACUAACCUUGGGGCGCUGGCACGAGAUUUGAGACUGCCGAGAGCAACUGGAGGGAAAAGUCACCAGGCGUUGAAGCAGUGGAUUACUAAACACGACAGUGGAUACGAAUACGUUGAAUUCCAUGAAAUUGAUAACCUGGUUGUCGACUUCUACUACCCUGGCCUUCGUACGGCAGUGCAGGUGAUAAAAAGACAGGACUGCUACGGUAUGUUUACUAUAUAA